AUGUCUGAUUCGGAUGAAAUCGACCUGGGUCCGCAACCCAUCAAGAGCACCCACGAGGACAUUGGCUGUUUCGCCCUGGUUGCCUGGAUCCUCGGCGUCCUUGGUGCCGGGGCGAUCAUCUGUGGCUUUGCCCUGGAUUUGGGCCGGGAGAUCAUCUACGUCGGACUCGUUGGAUAUAUUAUCUACCUUCUGGAGCUGUGCCAGAGCAAGGCUUGCAGAUAUCUGUCCCAUGUGCAGAGCGAGGAGGAUUUCGUCAACUACAUCGACACUAUUCAGAAAGCCGACCCGAUCCUUACCUUCAGCAUUCAGAACUAUCACUACGAGAACGUGUCAACCUAUAACGCGUCUCAGAAGAAGUGGACGACCAAAUCGGAGAGAAAGAACACGCACAGUGCGACGGCCCGCUUUCCGAUUGCCAGCAUGACUGAUGAGACAUUAUCUCCUGCUCAGACAGUGGCGAUGUUCCACUUGUUGCACCACACUGCAAGUGCAAGCAGUGAAGACACUGGCAUGCUCCACGAGACUGUGGUUCGUGUGGAAGGCACUGGUGAGAAGCGCCUACUUCUGACUUGCCAGUUCCCACUCACCUUCCUGCCGCGUGACACGGAGACCGCCACAGCUCUUGCAAGAUUUAAGGAAGAUUUCUACCGCUCCAACACCACGGACAAGUAUCAAGACAAGUCUGAGAAACAGACGCUGACCUGUGCUCACGCAGACCAUGCGAUGGUCGUGCUGAGCUCGGCAGGGCAGGGCGUGACGGAAAGACCUUGGUGGAUGCGCACUGCAUGGCUCGUCGUCUUUACCCUUCUGCUGAUGGGCCUGCCGUUUCGCUAUUUCCUGUAUCGACGUGCGCAGAAGGUGGUAUGGCAUGUGCGGAAGCACUUCUCCAUCUUCCCUGCCCCCACAGCCGUGGCACCGAUGCACUCGUUAAAGCGCUCCAGUGACCCAGCUGUCGCCCGAGUCGGACGCCUGGAUCCAAAUGUCCGCAUCGAGUUCGCUAGAGAAGGUGGGUUCUGGCAGCUCCCGCAGACUCCACAAGACGACCUGCAGAUGGACAUAGAGGCCAUGGCAGGCGUCAGCCGCGCUGAAGCACCCGACUACUGGAAGAACCGCGGCUUGCACACUCACUUCCGCUGCGUGCAGCUGCUGGAAGAUGCAACAGACACCAUGCAGGCCCACAUCCAGCAACUCCUGGACGACUGCUUUAUUGCUGCGGCUACACGAGAUCGAAAAGGAGCCCUUCCCUCACGGCUCGUGGUGGAGAUGAUCCAACGCGUCGAAGACAGCGCCCUCUGGCAGAAAUACUCCGAUCGCCGGGCAAGGAUUGCAUUGAAGACCGACGAGGUCACACAGCUGGAGGACCUGCCAGGCAGCGGCAGCAGCAAGACCACAAGAAGCCUGGGCGACCUCAACACGAGGCUGGACAGCAGCAUCAACGAGCUCUACCUGUUCCACGGCUCCAGUCCUGCUGGCGUCCUUGGAAUAGGCUCUUCCGGGUUUAACUUGGACUUGGCGGGCUCAAGUGCUGGCAUGAUGUUCGGCCCGGGGGCCUACUUCGCUGAGGCGAGCAGCAAAGGUGACGAGUACGCCACCGAGGAUCCUAGCGGCCUUUUUGCUGGGAAGUGCGCGAUGCUCCUUUGUCGCGUGGUUUGCGGGGAACUCUUUCGAGUGGAGGCCGCAGACCCGAGGUUGGUACAGAAUUCCAGGACCGGACGUUACGAUGGUACCCUCGGAGACCGGGAGCAUGCGGCUGGCACCUAUCGCGAGUUCGUGGUGUACGACCAGGCACAGGUCUACCCUGAGUACGUGAUCAUCUACCGGCGGAUCUUCGACUGA